AGACGCGCUCCCGGUGGUACUCCUUCUGUCAGCACAUCAUCUACCUCAGAUCACGUCACUGUCGGUACCGUGGCACGCAACAUUGUCGCCGAACUUCGUCUGAGGAGGUGAUCAAUGACUUUUGCCCGGAUUGCUGGGAGAGGAUGCAGUGAGGGGGUGGGAAGGACAUCGCGGGAGCUCUCUGUGCCGCUGGACGGUAUGCAGAUGUUUGGAUAGUGUCUCCAGUGUAAGAAAAUAUAUUUAUGUCCUAUAUGUGAGAGAUUGACUUGUGGCAGUAGAUCGUGUUUGCAUCGUCUCGCUUCUCUUAACGAAAAAAGGGGGGCGGCGCAUGUGAUACCAAAAUAAAUGUAAACAAAUGCCCUCCCAGAUGACUUUCUCAACUAAUUCAUUAAAGAUAUUGCAUAUAGGGCCAUACACGUAAGGUCUCUCUGGAUAUUCAAAGAAAACGUCAUACUGUAAAAAAUGGGGUCGCUUGUGAAAAACUGCAAAAGACUUGUCAAAUCUCGGCGUUUAUGAGAUUUGAUAAGGAGAAAAUCACUUGAUUUUACUUUCGAUGUUUGUGAUAAGGAUAUUUAUUUGUUUAUUAUUUAUUUGUCGUUUGAUUGCUGGGAGUCGAAUUCGUAACCUCUAUAUCCAUUCCAAACCCUGGCCAGAUUGUCCUGACAGUGGUACUCCCACUGCGCCACUGUGCCGCUUGAUUUGAAGAUGGCUAAAGUUGGGUUAUAAGGGUGAGGAGGCGGGCCUGGGUUUACCAUGACAUCUUGGGGGGUUCCACCUAACAAGGCUGCACUGAGCGUAUGCCUGGGACGACAACAAAGGAGCCUUUGUCUGUAUGGGAUGUUAUGAGGCUUUCAUAAACAUUGCAGAGAGUAUGAAACUUCGAAACACGCUCACUUCAAAGCAACACCAUUGCCUUCAUAGGUGUCAGAGUAUCCAGUCUGCCACAAACAAGCCAGCCUGAAAACCCAACCUUCCACAGACUGAUCAGUCUCAGACAAUACCGUUGUCUGAUCAAAGUGAUGAACAUCUUCUUACAAUGAACUUCCAUUGCAUAGACUCAACCUCUGACAACAAUGUUUAAGAUCCUUGAAACAACCCCUUUAUGCAGAACAGACGCAUACAAUAGCCAUCGAGGUAUAAGUAUGCCGCCAUCGACCGAGAUCACGGCUCAGUCAGAUCAUCUCUUCAGUUCAUUUCCCCAGCGUAUCUCAACAGCACAAUACUCUCAUCUUAUCACCAAAAUCACCACAAAAACAAAUCGGCAGACAAGAUUCCAGCAAGCAAGUUGACCUUCUUGCCCACCAUGCCUGCCGCAUUUACAUUUGGGAUAGAGGUGGAGUACCUCGUGCCUUUCAUCUACACCGGUGACAUAGAUCCCGAGCCAAAGGAUAGGCGCACCAUAGAUAGAACGCCCCCAAACACCAACGACUUCAGUGAUGCAACCGGCAUCGUAAUCGACAAUCGCGUCUACGACCGCGUGCGCAGGACUCUCCGGGAUGUCGGCCUACCAGCAGCGGUGAUGCCCGAGUUGCCCAUCGGGUCCCUCCCAACCCAGUGGGAGCCGGUAAGGGACGAAUCGCUCGUGGAAGACGACGACAUGGCAGAUCUAUACGGAAACUGCUUUGUCCCGCUCGAGAUUCGCUCUCCCGUCCUCAGCGCCGACAGAGCCGGCUUCCGAGCUGUCAGGUUAGCCAUCGAUGCCCUGGUAUCUAAGCACCGCUUACUUAUCACAGACACUUGCGGCUACCACGUCCACGUCGGCAAGGGCAAAGAGGGCUUCAGCCUGCCGGCCCUCAAGAACAUCGCUGCCUUCCUCUGGGUCUUUGGGCCCCAGCUCGGCACCUUGCAUCCGCCAUAUCGCCAUACUAUCGGCUACGCAUCAUCGAUGCGGAAGAGAUCCAAUAUCUCGCACCAUGCAGAGGACCUGCGCGAGGGCAUCCGCGAGAUCUACGCGGCGAAGACAGCACGCCGGCUGGUCUACCUGAUCCACUGGACGGACCCCGACGAGAAGUUCGAGAGCGACGACGUCUUCAUCCGCAACAUGGCGUAUAACUUCGUCAACAUCGUGCACGAGGAGGGCAAGAAGACGAUUGAGUUCAGGCAGUUCUGCAGUACGACGGAUAGCUUGCAUGUCAAGAUGUGGGCGGAGGUGUGCACGGGUAUCGUUAUGGCUUGUUCGGAGAGAAGUGAGGCGGAGUGGAGUGCUUUCUUGUACGACGCUGCUGCGACGGAGGAGAGUAGGCCUAAGGUGGUCUUGAAUAUUGCACAGCUGCUUAGCAGGAUUGGGUUGGGCGACCAGGCGAAUUGGGCGCAGCAGCGCAGUCAGGAGUUGGGGUAUCGGAUAUGCUCGAUCCAGUAAGCGAAAGGUAAGCUUUGUGUGCAUGAUGGUGCCCAGGGUUGCCGACGAGGGUAGGUAUCAAGGGUAAGUGAGAGUGUUUCUUUUUGCCAG